GAGGCGGGGCCGGCGGUGACGUCAUGCGAGGCCUAGCCUGGCCUGGUCUUUUGGCGGCGGCGGCGCUGGGCGCGGCCUGGGCCUGGGCCUGGCUCUUCUGGGGCCGCGGGUUCGAGGCCCGCGCGGGGCCGACCGUCCUGCUCCGCGCCGAGGAGCUCCGCCGCUUCUCCGGGGAGGAAGGCAGCGCCGGGCUGUACCUGGCCCUCCUGGGAGAAGUCUUCGACGUGAGCAGCGGGCGCAGGCACUACGGGCCCGGAGGGGCCUACAGCUUCUUCGCAGGGAGAGACGCCUCCCGAGCGUUUGCCACGGGCGACUUCAGCCCCUCGGGCCUGACCGAUGACCUGGCCGGACUCUCGCCCUCCGAGGCCCUGGCCAUCCAGGAGUGGCUGCACUUCUACCGGAAGAACUACGCGCCCGUCGGCAAGGUGUCCGGACGCUUCUACGAUGCCGGUGGUGCCGCGACGGAGGCCCUGCACCACGCGGAAGCCCUGGCGGCGGAAGGAGGGCGCCUGCGGGCCGAGCAGGAGGAGCACAAGCGGCACUUCCCGCCUUGCAACGCCGAGUGGAGCGCCGGAGGAGGAGGAGGAGGAGGAGGAGGGAGCCGCGUCUGGUGCUCCAAACACAGCGGCGGCGUUUCUCGCGACUGGAGCGGCGUCCCCCGGAGGCUGCAGGAGGCGGGAUCGGUGCACGGGCGUUGCGUGUGCGUGCAGGAGGAGCACGCCGUGGGGGGGCCCGGCCUGGAGGUGUACGAGGGGUGCCCCCCCUUUGCCCAUUCCUGCGCCGUGAAGGGAUGAUGGUGAGAAGUGUUUGCGGCUUGUUGAAGAACCAGGGAAUGCCCUUCGGGCUAAGGAUGUCUCCAAGGCAGCAAACAACUCAAAGGGAACAAAGGCCAAGCUGUUUCUAAAAAUUAUUAUUAAUAAUAAUAAUAAUAAUUAUAAUUAUUAUUAUUAUUAUUUUAUUGUAUGACACAGCCUCUGUUUGUAGUCUGUCUGUGCGAUUUUCUUACAGCAGCUGAGGAUAUGAUUAAUGGUUUCGUCGGUUUCCUUGCACAGUCUGCAUUUUAAUCUAUGUUAAUUUUAUCAAUAUUUGUAUGUAUAUAUUUUUAUCCUUUACAAUUUUAUCUUGUAAAUCGCCUAGAGCAUCGUGGAUGGAGGGCAAUUAAUAAGUAAUUAAAUGAUGAUGAUGACGAUGAUUUUGUUGUGCCAGCUGUCAGCUCUAGUUUGUAGUGCGGUUUUCUUGUACUGGUUUUUUUGUCUGCUGUGCUUUGAGGAGUUUCUGAUUUUUGACUUCAAUCAAAGCAGGUUCGGAUGAAAAUUAUUAUUAUUAUUAUUAUUAUUAUUAUUAUUAUUAUGUCUCCAGGCAGGGAAAGCAAUGCACUGAAACCAGCCAACAACGGAUCUGGUCCGUACUUGGCCAUCUCUACAUACACGCAAGAGUUGGCGGGAUUGCCCUGGGAACCCACAUCCGAACUAAAUUUUUAUGCAGAAACAAACCAAAAAUGUAGUCAAUAAAAUGUAGUACAAUAAAAAAAUGAAUUUUGGUAAAAA